AUGAAUGACCCAGCCUGCAAGGGAACUCUGGAUGAAAGUGUGACUCCCCCGAUCGUGAGGUUUGAAUUCCCCAUCAACACGACCAAUUCUUGUGGCAGCCUCUUCAGGACAACCAGCGCUCCAGGCACAGGGAUAUUUUCCGACUUCUCCAACAUCCAGACAGUCAACAUCAGCGGUGUGGUCCGAUCAUAUGAUCCCACCACAGGGACAGUCACUUACAACACUGAGUUGAAGUAUUAUUACUCCUGUGCCUAUCCCCUAGAGUACCUGAUCAACAACACCCAGAUUGAUACGUCGGCAUCCUCCAUUGCAGUGAAGGACAACAAUGGUAGUUUCAUCAGCACUUUGAGCAUGAAUCUCUUCAGUGAUGUCAAUUUCACUUUACCCUUGGUCAUUCCAGAACAGGGUCUUGACCUGAGGACUGAAGUCUUUGCCCAAGUCAAGGCCACCAACCUGACCUCCCAGUACAAUGUGCUUCUGGACCGAUGCUACGCCUCCAUUUCUCCUCUACCCACUAACUCCACUUUCUUCAACCUGUUUGUCCCUUGCAACACUGACCUACUAACCGUCAUCCAUGAGAAUGGAAAGAGUCAACGCUCCCGCUUCUCCUUCCUGGCCUUCCGCUUCAUGAAGCAGCAGAAUGAGAUGAAGUCCACCUACUUCCUCCACUGCAUCACCCGUCUUUGUGAGAAGAGCACCUGCAGUACGUUCAUGCAAUGUAACAGCAGGAGGAGAAGGGGUGUUGUUCCUGCUACCGAAGAUGCAGCAACAGAGUCCAAAACCAUCAGUUCCCCUCCUAUCACCAUCAGAGCAGAGAGCAUUGUGGCAUUAAAAGAACAGCAGACUGCCAGCAAGAACUCAGACACUUCUACAGGUCUUGGGGUGGCAGUGUGUAUCCUGGCCUUCGCCUGCAUCAUUAUUAUUAUUAUGGCAGCCAUUUUCUACAGGAGACUGAACCACUGUCCCUUUAAAUAG